CAGCAACGCUGAUUUGGAACCCGUGGCUUUACAGCUGUGGUCCUUGUUAUCCCCGGCACGUGUAAAUGCCCACCAUAUAGCAGUUGGGGAGUUGGUUCAGGCACGGCAGCUUUACCGAAAAGAUGAGCGAAGAAUCCAAUGAUGACAAGAAGCCAACGACUAAGUUUGAACUAGAGCGAGAAACAGAGCUUCGAUUUGAGGUGGAGGCAUCUCAGUCAGUUCAGUUGGAGUUGUUGGCUGGCAUGGCGGAGAUCUUUGGCACAGAGCUGACCAGAAACAAGAAAUUCACCUUUGAUGCUGGUGCCAAGGUGGCUGUUUUCACUUGGCAUGGCUGUUCUCUGCAGUUGAGUGGCCGGACAGAGGUGGCUUAUGUGUCUAAGGACACCCCUAUGUUGCUUUACCUCAACACUCAUACAGCCUUGGAGCAGAUGAGGAGGCAGGCAGAAAAGGAAGAAGAGAGAGGUCCCCGAGUGAUGGUAGUGGGUCCUACUGAUGUGGGCAAGUCCACGGUGUGUCGACUGCUACUCAACUAUGCAGUACGUUUGGGCCGCCGUCCUACUUACGUGGAGCUGGAUGUAGGCCAGGGCUCUGUGUCCAUCCCUGGUACCAUGGGGGCCCUGUACAUUGAGCGUCCAGCAGAUGUGGAAGAAGGUUUCUCCAUCCAGGCCCCUCUUGUGUAUCAUUUUGGCUCCACCACGCCUGGCACCAACAUCAAGCUUUAUAAUAAGAUUACAUCACGUUUAGCAGAUGUGUUCAACCAAAGGUGUGAAGUGAAUAGAAGGGCUUCUGUGAGUGGCUGUGUCAUCAACACUUGUGGCUGGGUCAAGGGCUAUGGUUACCAGGCCCUGGUGCACGCAGCUUCAGCCUUUGAGGUGGAUGUGGUUGUGGUUCUAGAUCAAGAACGACUGUACAACGAAUUGAAAAGGGACCUACCUCAUUUUGUUCGAACUGUGUUGCUCCCAAAAUCAGGGGGUGUGGUAGAACGCUCUAAGGACUUCCGGCGGGAAUGCAGGGAUGAACGUAUCCGUGAGUAUUUCUAUGGAUUCCGAGGCUGUUUCUAUCCCCAUGCCUUCAAUGUCAAAUUUUCUGAUGUGAAAAUCUACAAAGUUGGGGCACCCACCAUCCCAGACUCCUGUUUACCUCUGGGCAUGUCUCAGGAAGACAAUCAGCUCAAGUUAGUACCUGUCACCCCUGGUAGAGAUAUGGUGCAUCAUCUCCUGAGUGUCAGCACUGCUGAAGGCACAGAAGAGAACCUUUCUGAGACAAGUGUGGCUGGAUUUAUUGUUGUGACCAGUGUGGAUGUGGAACACCAGGUAUUUACUGUUCUGUCUCCAGCCCCCCGCCCACUGCCUAAGAACUUUCUUCUCAUCAUGGAUAUCCGGUUUAUGGAUCUCAAGUAGUAAUUAGCAAGAAGCCUCACUUUCUGGGCCAUAGAGUUCUGGCCAUUACCAAAGGCAGAUGGAAUGAGCUACGGCAAUCUUAUUAAAGCAGCUGACAAGGCCCACCUAGCAGAAAGCAUAUUAUUCUCUACCUCUUGAAACAGUGGUAGUAGCCAGACUCCUGGCUAUUAUUUCAUUUACUCUGAACCAAAAGGAAACAGCUCGAAAAGAAAACCUGAAUUUUUUUUUUAAGAUUGCCUAAGGUACCAUUUUAAAGAUUCCAAGACUGUAGAAACUUCCAUGUCUUCCACUGUGCUACCAUGUGGGUUUUCUUGUUACCACUUUCUAGUAUCUCUGUAUAGUAUUUGUUAUGUUAUUUAACCAGGAUGAAAGUGAGAAAGAGUUUAAACUUGAAAACAAUUAUUUUAAUAAAUAUUAUUGUCAUAGAA